AUGGUGAGUCAGACAUGGUUGACACUUGUACUGUGUUUUACAGUUGAAUGCAAUUCCGAUUUCUAUGUCAGUUCUCGAUCACAAUAUGAUUGUUUAUAUUACUAUACAACACAUACAGGAUUUAUUACAAAAACUAAAUAUUAUUUUCGAUCGACGACUGAUGUUGGUCUCAUGCCGAUAGCAGAUUUCGUCAAUACUCGCGAUCAAAACUAUACAUUUCACCAACUAUUCUAUAACUGUACACCACCAUGGUUCGGAUCUCGAUGUCAGUAUUCUUUGGAAUCCGAUGAAAUCGAGCCCAGUGCUCUCGCUACUGGACAAACAUGCUAUGUUCUAUUGGACUGUGAUCGAGGUGAAGCCUCUCUUUGCAGGGUUCCCGAUUACUUUUGA